AUGGAAGCACCGAACUGGGCACAGAAGUUCGACUCCUUCCUAGACCAGGCCGAAGACAACGAAGACAAAGCCGAGUGGCAGUCAUGCUUGAAGGACUUGCAGGAAGCCUUGAACAUCUGUGACACUCGUCCAAUACCUGACAAAGAACAGCGCAGACAACAAGUACUCAUGAAAAUGGGUGGUCUCUACCGCCGCUUUGGCCGAUAUGACGAGGCCGUGGUAUAUCUCAACGGAGCCCUCGACGCCGACAGCCAUGUGACUGCUCUCAAGCGUGCGGCGAUCCUGGGAGAGCUGGGUGUGCUGUACAGACAUAAGAAUGACUUCUUCCGAGCCCGCGAAGUGUUCAGCGAACAAUACUUGCUUGCCAAAGAGACCGCCCUUGUGGCGGAAGCAGAAAUGUGCCGUGCAGUCGGCAAUGAAGCGUAUGCCACAUCGCAAAUUGAGGAGAGAAUCGCCAGAGCUCAGGCACUGCAAGACCGACUAGCCGGCGGAGACACGGAUGAAAAGCUCAGACGCCGGUAUGCACAGGCUGCACGCCGAUGGGAGACCAUUGGUCUAGACAGGCUAUCCCUAUGCCUGAUCGCGGCUCACAAUUUCGAUGAAGCCGUGAAGAGGACGCAGGAGGCAAUGACCAAACAGAAAGGCAUGGAUCCGACAGUGACCGCACUGUCACGUUUCUUUCAUGGCAAUGCGCUCUGGUGCGCUGGCCAGCAACAAGCUGCGGAAGGAGUCUGGAAUUCCACCACCGGCGUCUGUUCCCCAGCAAUGGGCUUGUGCAAAGAGCCCUCCUCUGAGCACGCAGACUACUUGGAGCUGUUAGCAGACGCUGGAAUUGACUUUGACGUUUACGAUGAACAGGGGUUUAGUGCCUUGGACUACGCCGUCCUGAGCCGUAACCAGACGGCCACUGCAGCCAACAAAGAUGCUGAGCGGAUGAUUGACAUUAUCGAUAGAAGUUUGCGCAAGACUCUGGCCGCGGACCACGAGAGACAAAUGCCACAGUCUACUCCGCAGGAUGCGAUCCAGGCGGUUGAGGCUGAGGUUCGGCAGCGGCACAGGCAGGCAAAUGUUCGACGAUAUUACAGGAACCUUCUGCAGGAGCACCUGCGACCUCAACUCAAGAACAGUCUACAAUACAGCCAUGACUGUGUUCGUAUGUUGCGCCAGCAGUAUGCAAGUUAUCUCGAUGCCGACAUCGGAAGGCGACAAGUCUUUGAUUGGCUCUAUUAUGUUCCGUACGACGACUUCAGGACUCUCGGACAUAUGCCGCAACCCGCCGAGCGAAGUGUGGACUCGUCUAGAAGGCUGGCAACGAGAAUGGAUACAUCUAGGGCCGGUGGCACAUCAUCAGCAGAUGAAGACAUCUUCCUCGUAUUCUUCUCGUACCGUUGGAUCGGUCACAACAUGCCAGACGAUGGUGCAAAUACGCAGUACAGUCGCAUGCUCAACGCUGUUGAAGCACUUAUUUUUCAGCGCGGACUCACUGCCGAGCAUGUGGGAUUAUGGCUAGACAUCGCAUGCAUUGAUCAGGAGGACGUUGAGUCGCGAGAACGCGGCAUAGACUCCUUGCCUAUGGCCGUUCUCCAAUGCGAUGUCAUGAUCAGUCUAGAAGAUGAUGAGUACUAUAACCGAGCUUGGUGUGCUGUCGAAGUACGGCUGAUGCAGGAGCUGAUCGGUGCGUAUCACAAACACGAACGUUGGAGUCACAGACUUCUCUCCGGGGAGAGUACGGCGGAUGGACUUCUCGAACGCAGCCAAGAGCACUCCGAGGUGCCUAUUACGAGUCUAUCUGUGACUGUGAAGGGUGAUCUUCCCAAGAUUGACUUUCUAAUGAGACAGAGCAAGUUGCUUGGUGGGCCAUGAGCUGCCAUACCCCGGCAUGUGACGUACGCCGUAUGACAUGCAGGAUGCAGCUACGUCUUGUGGAGGAAUCGCCUGCAUCGCGGGUCCUGCCCGAGCGACUCUCGCUAAAGGAUAGCUACAAAUGCCCGGGGCCCCUCAUCCCUAUUUUCUGACCCUUUGGAUCAGUCGCGAGCAGCAUAUCAAUGAUAUCAUGGACCUGGACCACAAGGAGAUCUCGUACGUUGUUGCCGGAGUGGCAACUGCUGCCAACGUCUCGGAGGCUGGACGGGAAAUGAUAUUGAAGUGGAUGCUGGAGACACAGCAGAAGCUACUCUCACCUCAUUCACCUACGCAGCAGGUACCGGUAGAGAGCCCAACACUUCAAGGGUGGUGUGCCGCACUUGCUGCCGAUCAAGCACUGCUGUCCCUCAGCACCAGGUGCGCAAUCGGACUCGUACUAGCAAUCUGUUUCCUGCGCACCAAGUCCCGAGGUACACUCCCCGCAACACCGGCGGAGCUAUCUCAGACAUGGGAACUGUGUUACCACGCCCUGGUCACAUCCGAGCAG